AUGAAUAGCAAAACCGACUUUGAUGCCAUCCUCUCAGGUCAACCGACCAUCGUUUCUCAUCCCGGCGCCAGUCAGUACAACGCAGGUGGGAUUGCUGCGUGUGGUUUAGCUAGUUUGAACUUUGUGCGGGUCGCUUUCGCACGUGUGGAGGCUGGAAUCAUCGGGAGACGGCUGGUAGAGGACUUGGUUUCACGGCAAACCAGUGAGGAAAUCAUACACAUCUGUUCCAGAUGGCAAUCCAAUGGGCAUCUCGAGGUUGAAGACAUAGCCCAGGUGCCUCUUUUUGAACGGGCACUCGAACUCGAAUCGUCAACAUUCAAUGUACCAUCCUUCGACCACUUCUUGGCUAUGUUGAGCUCUCUGGAAUCUCUUCCUCAACAACAUGCUGCCAUCGUCAUAACGCGUCCACCAGAAAUUGUCAGUUGUCUCAAGCUUCCCAUAGAGGUUACCUCCGAAAAGUCCGGCGUAGUCUUUGUUAUCUUUGACUCCCACCCCAGGCCCAGUCAUCCAGACGGCGCGGGCCUCAUCAUUAACGCAUCUGUCGCAGCUGCAGCUGCUCAUUUGGACAACCUUCUCAAAGUAGACGGCGGCUUACUAGCAGAUCACGGUCUCCAGUGGCAAACCCAACUCCUUGCCAACUUCUCGGGCCACUGUUUCAUUCCGAAGAGUCAGCCAGUCAAUACUUUGUCAGAAAUGACGAAAUCAGUUAUGGAUUCGAGCCUGGCUGUCCUAGCAAAACAGGCUGAAGUUGACGAACUCAGGAUACAGAUUGCGGCACUUAUGCGAGAUCGGCAGUCUCUUGAACUGGAGUUGAACGAGUCUCGGGCGCGGCUUCGCACAGCCAAACACGCGUCAAAAGAUAAAUCUUCUUCACGUUCAAGCUAUCGUGACGCCGUCAAUGUUGUCCAGCCGCGCGCAAGCUCGUCCAAAGUUUCGUCUCCCGUCUUACCCCCCUCUGCUAGGAAUGCCCUGGAAUACUUCCAUAAUCCGAGUAACGUGCAACGCCCAGAGAAGACGAGAGUUGAAUCGUCUGAUUAUCAGAUGGCCAAGCAAGUAAUCGAAGCUGGCUCGUCUCGACGAAAUAAUGGGGAUUCAAAACGAUAUCAAAACCAUUAUGAUGGUGAUCUUGCGCUGGCAGCGCAGUUGCAACGUGAUUGGGACAGGCAAGAUAUGCGAGACGUUGAGAAACUUCGAGAGAAGCAGCGACAGUACGAGGCUGAGUAUGCACGGCUGAAUGCCGAACGCGUUACACUACAAGCCAUGCAGCAAAAACUUUUCAGAUGUCCACUGUGCUUUGAAGAUUUGCCUGAAGACGAUGUCGCUCUGGUGUCUAAUUGUACCCAUCAACUCUGUCGUCCAUGCAUGAAGAACUAUGUUACCUCCAGGCUCGCGGACAAGAUAUACCCUAUUUUCUGUCCAGUUUGCCUUGCAGAAUCAACGACAUCAAGUCCCGGGAUGAUCACUGACGAGCUUGCCCAAAUUCUUGGUCUCACGGAUGUUGAAUAUCAUGUCCUACAAGAACUACAGAUCGCCUCCCUGUCGAUAUUGAUUCAUUGCCGCAAAUGCAAGGAAGGCGUCUUCGUUGACCGAGGAGAGCACGACGCCGCAGAAAUCAUCGGAUGUCCACUUCCCCGAUGCAAUUUCGUCUGGUGUAAGGCAUGCCAACAAGAAAUAGUCUCUGGGGGUCCGAAGCAUUCAUGUGAUGGUUCGUCGGAGAUGGACCACCUCCUGGCCCAGAGAGGCUGGAGACGUUGUCCCCACUGCAAAACCGCAUUCCAGAAAUCGUCCGGGUGCAACCACAUGACGUGUUUAGCGCCGGGAUGCAACACCCACUUUUGUUAUCUCUGUGGAGACAUGAUCGUCAGGUCUGCCCUGGCGAAGGAAAUUCGCACUGGGGUCAGCGACCAUUACCGACGGUGCCAGUUGUUUGAAGAUGUGCCGGAGCGAUGA